ACUAAUAGUAUAGAGAGAGAAUUAAACGGGGGAAGAAGAAGAAGAAGAAGACUUGGGAGAGAGGAUCCGACGAAAACGGAUUACUUAAGAAUCAGUGGUGUUCGGUUCUUAAUUUUCUCUUAAACGUUUCUCUCUCUCUGUCUUUUAUUUAUAGUAAGAGAUUAAAAAGUUGUACUUUUAUUGACGAGAAAAGACAGAGAAACAGAGAUAGGCAGAAACAGAGAAGAGAACGACGAACAGAGGAUUUUUUCAAAGAUCCUCUUCUUCCUCUGUUCUUCACCUUCUUCCUCUUCUGGUCUUGAAGAUACAUGAAUCAACAUCCUAUUGUUAUGAACGUUGAUGCACUGUCUUAUGUCUUCAUAAGCUCUUACAGGUGACCUCUCUCUCAAAGAUUAAAAAAAGGUUCUUUGAUUUGUUGUAGCUAUUAUUAGCUGGUGAAUGUAGUAGAAACCCUUCAAAACCAAAUAAUGGGUGGCUGCGUUUCUUCACAGAGAAAAUUCAGCAACAAGCUUCAACAGAAGAAGCAUAACAAACAUGGUGGCAGAUCUGCCCAAUGCAGGUCCAGAAUCUCGGCUUCGAUGCCAGAUGUUCCUAUGAAACGCAUGAGCAAUGCGAGCGUCAGGGAUUUUGUUCAUCUUGAUUUCGAAAAAGGUGCAGCCAAGAUGAUGUGUAAGAGAGCUGAGAUGUCUAAUGCUAACUUCCAUAUGACACAGCUUCAAUGGAACUGCAGCCAAAUCGAUGGAAACCGAAUGUCACAUGAGGAAGCUUGGUAUGAUUCCUUUAGUUACAUUGACUCUGAUUCUGAUGAUGGAUCAAAUAGUAGUGUUUUCGAAGAUGCAAAUGCUUCUGCAAUGGGACAGGUGAUUCAGUAUGAAGAAUUCUACGGAAGUUACCUGACAAUAGAUGGGAACAAAGCUGAGACAUACUCAAGCAAGAACGAAGUUAGCAUAAAGAGAAACCAAGUGGCUGAUGAGUCUCAUCAUGAAACUUACAAGACUACUACUUGUGAAGACCAUCAAGAUCACAGGAAGACAUCAUCAAAAGUUGUUAUGGUCUCUGUCCGAAGAACUUCUAUUGAUAGCAAAUCAGCAUCAUCUGACUUCUCUUCAGGUGAGAAGCUCCUGUACCGACCAAAAGCCUGUUCUGUGAUUCAACGUUCCUUGGGAGAGAAGCUGAUAAAUCAAGGAAGCUGGUCAGAACUUUCUCCGUCGAGUUUCAAGCUCCGUGGAUUGAACUUCUUCAGAGACAAACAAAAGAGUCCAGCACCAGAUUGUAGUCCUUACACAGCAAUUGGAGUCGAUCUUUUCGCGUGUCCUAAGAAGAUAAACCACAUUGCUCAGCACAUUGAGCUCCCUAGUUUGAAACCUGCAUCAUCAGGAAUCUGUGAUGUCCCCAGUCUCUUGAUUGUGAACAUCCAGCUUCCAAUGUAUCCAACCUCCAUGUUUGGUGACUAUGAUGGUGAAGGACUUAGCUUAGUUUUAUACUUCAAACUGAAUGAGAAUUAUGACAAAGAAAUCUCAUCUCACUUUCAAGAAACCAUCAAGAGGUUUAUGGAUGAUGAGAUGGAGAAGGUCAAAGGAUUUACAAGAGAAUCAACAGUUCCAUUCAGAGAGAGGUUGAAGAUCAUGGCCGGUUUGGUUAAUCCUGAGGAUCUUCAGCUAUGUUCUACCGAGAGAAAACUCAUCACAGCUUACAAUGAUAGACCGGUUCUUUCUCGUCCACAACAUGAUUUCUUUAGGGGACCAAACUACUUUGAGAUUGAUCUGGACAUACACAGGUUCAGUUACAUUUCAAGGAAAGGACUCGAAUCUUUCAGAGAUAGGAUCAAGAAUGGGGUUCUUGAUCUUGGUUUAACCAUUCAGGCUCAAACACCAGAGGAACUUCCAGAGCAAGUACUGUGUUGUGUCAGGCUGAACAAGAUUGAUUUCGUGAAUCACGGACAGAUUCCAACGCUUUUAACUAACAAACAAUCAUGAGUUUCCAAAGAGAAAAGGAUCACUCAAUCAAUGGGGGGAAGCAAAGAGACAAAAGCAAAACAGAGAAACUUUUCAUGUAUUUGUAUUGAAAAGAAAAAAAAAUCAAUGUCUUUUUGUGAAAACCAUAGAAACAAAGAUUUGCUCAGAAAUUUAUUAUUCUUAUGAAAGAAAACUAUUCUUGUA